CGGGGGGCGGGCCCGCGGCGCCGCGCCGGAGGAGGAAGUGGUGCGGUUGUUGCUCCCUCUGCGCCCGCCGCUGGCUCCCGGGGCGCGGAGUGGGGCCACAGUUGCCGCCGCUGCGUCGAGCUCGCCAGCUGUUACCCUCCAUGUGCCCGGGCUCCGUCGCUCCCCUUCCUCAGGCCGCCGCUUACCCCGGGGUCUAUGGAAGUAAUGGAAGGACCCCUCAACCUGCGUAUCUUUCUGAAGCUAUGAAGCUGACACAGUCUGAGCAGGCUCAUUUAUCACUGGAACUGCAAAGGGAUAGUCACAUGAAACAGCUUCUCCUCAUCCAGGAGAGAUGGAAGAGGGCAAAGCGGGAGGAAAGAUUGAAAGCCCAGCAGAGCACAGACAAGGAUGCCGCUGCCCAGCUACAGGCAUCUCACAGACCCUCUGCUGAGGACGCAGACAGCCAGAGCCCCCUACUCUCUCAGAAUUAUAGCCCUUCCACAGAGAAACACUUGCCUGAAAUUCAGGGGAUCUUUGACAGGGAUCCAGACACACUACUAUUUUUACUUCAGCAGAAGAGCGAGCCAACAGAGCUGUGCAUUGGAAGCAAAGCCCCAAAAGAUGAUAAAACAAUUAUAGAGGAGCAGGCAACCAAAAUUGCAGAUUUGAAGAGGCAUGUGGAAUUCCUUGUGGCUGAGAAUGAAAGAUUAAGGAGAGAAAAUAAACAGCUAAAGGCUGAAAAGGCCAGACUUCUAAAAGGCCCGAUAGAAAAGGAGCUUGAUGUAGAUGCUGAUUUUGUAGAAAAGUCAGAGUUAUGGAGCUUGCCACCACAUGCAGAAACUGCUACAGCCUCUUCAACCUGGCAGAGGUUUGCAUCAAAUACUGGGAAAGCCAAGGAUAUUCCAAUACCCAAUCUUCCUCCCUUGGAUUUUCCAUCUCCAGAACUUCCCCUCAUGGAACUCUCUGAAGAUAUUCUGAAAGGACUUAUGAAUAAUUAAAAUGGAAGGCCAUAGAAGAGGUGAAAAAGAGGAAAUAAUAUGGUAAUACAGUUAAUCCAGCAAAAAAAAAAAAAAAAGGGAAAACCACAUGCAAGGGUGUCCCGGAGAUGCUGAAUCCAGCAUCCUGCGGAGAAGAGGCAUUGACAAGACCAGGAAACAGUCACUGUGAAGUAUAUCGCGCAUCGGAUUUACUGACUCGAGCUAAUGAUUCCAGAUUUGGCAGAUACUAAACUCUUGGAGGUUCACUUUCUCCUGAUACAAACCAAAUGGCUACCUGGAAUAAUUUUUUUCAAGCAACAAUUAUUUUUCUUCAGGGUUAAAAUGUAUAAAAGUAUGUUAUGUGUAAUUAAUCUAUAAUGCCAUAAAUGAUAAUGCAAAACCUAAAUAAUAAUGGUUGCCUGAGGGGCUACCUUGUAUUUGAAACAUGCUUUCUAUUCAUGCAUUGACUGUAUGCAUCUUGUUAUGCACAUUUCCUUUGUUUAAUAAGGUGUGUAAGACACACCUUUCUAGAAGAAACUGUGUGCCACACUUUGCACUACUCGUAACAUUAAUGAUAACCUCAAGACUAUCAGGAGAAAUACUUAAAUUUCCAUUUUAUGAAGAAAGGAACCAAAUUAUUAGUUAUGCUUUUUUUAAAAAUUACCAGUUUACAUAAUUAAUCAGGGUGCAUUUUAAGUUCUAACUUUUUUUGUUUAUUGUAUAAUGCAUCAUUUGAAAAUACCAAGGAAAUAUCCUUUUGUUUUUAAUGAUGCAUGAGUGGAAGUAAUGCUGGUUGGCAGUAUUGAUUGUAAGAAAUCAAUAAAGUAAUUGUAUUUUAUACCUUCGUUGAAUGUGGUUGGUAGAUAAAGAGCAAGUUUUGUACGGCUUCUGUGUUGGAAGUUUUGAAUAUGAAUUUGAAGACAUUCUGUCAGAUUACUUUGGUAUGUUAAAGGUUUUUUUCAGCGUUUUGUAGUCAGUUACCCCUGCAACCAAGGUGGAAGAGAACAAGGGAGCUCGUGAGGUUUAAAUGUGUUCCCAGCCUCCUUGGGCUGGCACACACGGAAAGGCUCGGGCUGGCCAGCAGCAGCCAUUCUGGGGCACGUGCCCGCUUUUCAGAGCAGAGGCUGCAAAGCACUACAUGAACACUCUCCUCUAUGCAGAGUCCAGUGAUGUUCCAGGAGGGGAAGGGGAAGGCGAAGACCUAAGUGAAACUUUUGGGUAUAAGCCACUCGGUGUGUUUAAAGCGUAGACUUAGUUUAUUGUGGGGGAGGCAAAAAUAUGGACGAACAGCAUACCGCCUGUCCUGAGGGAAUCGGGGACAAUUGGGUUGAGGGGGUAGGGUUGGGCUCACACGUCUAGUGAUGAAACUAGCAGAAGUACGAUGAGAUGGAUAACCAUGCAGAAGUCACUUUUUUCAUGUAUCUCAUCUUGGUGCAGAUGAAACCCAAAUUAAACUAGUUUCUUAAAAUAUCA